AUGAGCAGUGAAAACGAACCUCUAAUUUCGAGCGCAGAACAUGAGCACAACUCUCGUACACUUCGCAACCGCGCACUCGUCUGGUCUGCGCUGGCUGUUGUAAUCAUCGUUGUUGCAGUCGUCGCACUGGUCGACCCAGGCUUUGUAAGCGAUAUUGGACUGUCAGAAAAGCUGCCCCGGGAUCCUAAGCUUGCAGCACAGCGUGUGCUCGACACUGCUCCGGUCAUCGAUGGGCACAUUGAUCUUCCUCUACUUGCUCGCCUCGGCUGGCGCAACAACGUUACCGACGUUCCUCUUGACGGUCAAAUGCCCAUGCAUGUAGAUAUUCCACGUUUGAGGGAAGGGAAAGUCGGAGGAUUCUUUUGGUCUGUGUAUGUAGAUUGUGCAAGCCCUGAAGAUGAGGGCCCCGAUUUCUUGAAGGCUUCCUGGCGCGUCCGAGACACCCUCGAGCAAAUUGACGUCGCAAAGGGCCUGAUAUCGAAGUAUCCUGACGAUUUUGCAUACGCUGUCAGCGUGAGUGGCAUCAAAUCAGCAAUAAAAGACCACAAAAUCGCGAGCAUUCUAGGUGUUGAGGGUGCCCAUCAAAUCGGGAACUCUAUUGCCGUCCUCCGCCAGUACUACGAGCUUGGGGUUCGCUACGUAACUCUGACCCACGGUUGUCACAACGCUUUCGCCGACUCCUGCGGUAUCUUCAUACCGAGUGCCCCACGACACUACGGCCUCAGCCCUCUUGGCUUUAAGCUUGUGGAGGAGAUGAACAGACUUGGAAUGCUUGUUGAUCUUUCUCAUACUUCUGACAUGACUGCAACGCAAGCCCUGCUGCAUUCUAAGGCACCAGUUAUCUGGUCCCAUUCAUCUGCUAGAGCCAUUCACAAUGUUGCCCGCAAUGUGCCUGAUGAAGUGCUUAGUCUCGUCGGUUUCGGCGAAGGGCAAAGGGACGCUGUUGUUAUGGUCAACUUCAAUGGCCCAUUCGUUGCUGCCGAUGACGAGGCUGAUCUUGCAGCCGUCGCCGAUCACAUUGAGCAUAUUGCAAAAGUUGCUGGAGUAAAACACGUCGGAAUUGGAAGCGACUAUGAUGGGAUUACAAUCACUCCGAAGGGACUCGAGGAUGUUUCAAAAUAUCCUGCUCUUAUCGCUGAGUUGUACCAACGCGGAUGGAGUAAGCAAGAACUAGUUGGGCUCACUGGGGGCAAUUUCCUCCGGGUGUUUGAGGGUGCAGAGAAAGUGGCCAAAGAAUUGCAGGCUGCAGGAACCUUGCCAAACUAUGAUAUUUACGAUAAGAGAGAAGACCUGCCCAUAAGCAGGGAACUUUGA